GAUCGUGCUUCCCCUGUUUUCCCAAUUCCCACCCACACAAUUUCUUCUUCUCACACUUCUGCAUUAACUCUUCGCUACCUCCGACAGGUGAACGCCGUACAACGGAGCUCCGCACCUAGACGUUAUACACCGGCGCUUCUGAUUCUGCCCAGAUAAUUUCAUGCCACCAAAAUAUGUCUUGCAUUUACACAUCACUUCCAUCUUUCUCAGCAAUCUCAGUGUACUCCAAACCCACUCUAAGUUCUUCUUCUUCAUCUCAGGACAAGUUUAAGUCAAGAAUCUAUUGCUCUCUAGGAGGGACUGUUGCUGAACCAAAAGUGAUCAGUGCUACUGAACCUCUUCUGAUCAAUGCGGUUCGUGGGAAAAAGGUGGAAAGACCUCCUGUUUGGCUUAUGAGACAAGCCGGGAGGUAUAUGAAGAGUUACCAAAUCCUUUCUGAGAAGUAUCCAUCGUUUCGUGAGAGAUCAGAAAAUGUAGAUCUUGUGGUGGAAAUUUCUCUACAGCCAUGGAAAGUGUUUCGUCCUGAUGGGGUUAUUUUAUUUUCAGACAUUCUUACCCCUCUCUCUGGAAUGAACAUACCAUUUGACAUUAUAAAGGGGGAAGGUCCAGUCAUAUUUGAUCCUAUGCAAACUGCUAUAGAUGUCGAGAAAGUCAGAGAAUUCAAUCCUGAAGAGUUUGUUCCAUAUGUUGGCGAAGCAUUAAAUAUCUUGCGGAAAGAGGUUCAUAAUGAAGCUGCAGUUUUAGGAUUCGUCGGGGCACCUUUUACUCUGGCAUCUUAUGUUGUUGAAGGUGGUUCAUCUAAGAACUUCACAAAAAUAAAGAGACUAGCUUUCUCACAGCCCAAGGUCCUUCACACGCUUCUUCAAAAAUUUGCAACCUCUAUGGCCAAAUACAUACGCUACCAAGCGGACAGUGGAGCUCAGGCAGUUCAAAUAUUUGACUCAUGGGCAACUGAGCUCAGCCCAGUGGACUUUGAAGAGUUUAGUCUUCCUUACCUGAAGCAGAUUGUGGACUCCGUUAAGAAAACUCAUCCUGACCUACCAUUGAUCAUAUACGCAAGUGGAUCCGGGGGUUUACUAGAGAGGUUGUCCUUGACGGGAGUAGAUGUGGUCAGCUUGGACUGGACAGUAGAUAUGGCUGAUGGUAGGAGACGGUUGGGUCCUGAUGUGGCAGUUCAGGGAAAUGUUGAUCCCGGGGUCCUGUUUGGUUCCAAGGAAUUUAUCACCAACCGCAUACAUGACACUGUUAGAAAGGCGGGUAAGGGGAAACAUAUUCUGAACCUCGGACAUGGGAUUAAGGUAGGUACACCCGAGGAAAAUGUUGCCCAUUUUUUUGAGGUUGCAAAAGGAGUUAGGUAUUAGAGGAGGCUAGAACCAGAAUAUUAAAAAGAGAUCACUUCAAAUAGAUGUAAAUGAGUACUAUAUGCCCCACAUAUUACUCCCUCCAGGAAUAUUUGUCUUUGUGGAGCAUUAAUUAUCAUUUCCAGCGAUUGUCUUUAUUUCUACAAAAACAACAAUAAGUAUUAUAAGAACACUAGAUAUUUGUAAAAAAAUGUGUCUCUCAGGAUGUUUUUACUUGGACUUAUUUAAACUCCAUAUCAGACACAUAACAGUUUAGACUUCAG